CUUGCAGUCAUGUCGCCGAAAACCACCGGGCGCAAGCGUGUGAGAAAGGCGUGCAUUCCUUGCCAUGAGCGCAAACGAAAAUGCGAUGCCAAGUAUCCUUGCGGCAGGUGCAUCAGGUACGAAUACGAUUGCAGGUACCCCGAGGGCAGCACCCCUGAUGCUAUGGGCGGCGGCGUACCAACUCCAUCUCCAGACCGCAGUUCGAUGGAGCGAGAUCGCCACGAAGGCCCCACCGUCAGGUCCCCGGGAAUCUUCGACGAGCAAAAGUUUCGAUACUCCGGGGCGUCGGCGGUCACGGCAUUCCCGCAUCUCCUGGGGGCGGCUCUCGGUUCCGACAGCCCUCCAAACAUGCGGUCGGUCGCUUCCAACUUUGGCAUUCGCCCCGAGGAGGCAUCCAACGCCCACGGCUUUUUGGGAAGUCUUAUCUCAGAGGCGGAACUUGCCCGCUUUUCGAAGGUGUACCUUGAGGUAUUGGGCCCCAUCGGCGACUUGAUGGACUCGGAAUUCUACGCUCAGCGAUGUCGGGAUUAUUACCAGACUGCCGGCAGCAACGCGGUCGGCUUUGCCGCCGUGGCCGCCGGUGUCGCUGCGCUCGGAUCGUUCCUAUCUCCCCAAAAGCACCCGCGGGAGUCAGACUUGGUGCAGUACGCCAAAGCCAUCCUCGAUGAUCCGUCCUCCAUGCGGUUGCAUGGCAUCGACCACAUUGUUGCGUGGGGCAUGCGAGUGUUUUACCUCCGGGCCACGACCCGACCCAGCAAUACUUGGAUCGCUUCGUGCACGCAGAUGCACCUCUGUGAAGUGAUGGGGCUGCAUGAGGAAGAGAAUGUCAAGAAGAUAGCAUCCACCGCCAGAGCCGCUGCCCUUGGAUAUGAUGCGGACCGGCUGAGGAGAAUCUUCUGGAUCUCGUGGGCCGGGAAUACUAUGCUGUCCUAUGAGUACGAUCAUUCUCCUGUCUGCUUUCGGGCCGUGACGUGCCAGCCUAUCCUCGGGGUACCGGGGUCAGUAGCCGAUCAGUUCGUAAAACUAAUCCAGAUCAUUCCGUCGGCCAACUCUCCGUUCCAGCACGAAUUGCAGCCCCAAAGUCCGAGCGAGGAGCUAUUCAAGCGUCUCCGGGCGUUAGAGGAGUUCAAUUAUACCCAUCCGUUCCUGUUGGUGACAAAGGCAGAUCUUGCGUUUUGCUUCUAUCGGCGCCUCUACCAGCUCGAUAUCCAUGUACCGGACGAUAUCAUUCAGCUCAUCAUCGGUAGAGGUAACGCCGCAGUGGAGGCGGCCAAGCAGCAAGCCAACGAUGGCUAUCUGUUCUGGAACGUGAUCGGCAGUGUUUUCCAGUACACCUGCAUCCUGUUGGCCAUGGAUACGCCGACGGCUUCUACGCACAUCGACGCCGCAUUCGAGGGCUUGGAGGACCUUGUCAAGGCGGUCGAUACCGGACUGACCCGUGAAGCGCUGUCAAUGGCGCGACAUCUGCUUAGUCUGAAGAUUGCAAAGAAGCGAAAGGAGCUUGCUCAGUUGGAAGCUGUCGAGGGGGGUGAUAGAUUAUUUCAGGAGCCAUUGGCAUCCGAGGCCAACCCCGCGGUGCCAGACAUAGGUGAGGGGGUGGACUGGAAUCAGUUCUUCAUGGAGCCAUAUUGGGAUCCUGACUUCCCGCUUUUCUGA